GUUCAGAAAUAACCGCACAGGAUCUCAAACUCAUGACUGGAGAGUUUGACAUUGAGAGCAUUCACCAUUUGGAUCUAAGCAAAAAAGGCAUUCAAGACCUCAGUGUUAUUGGAAAGUGUACYGGACUGGUUUAUCUAAAUGCUUCUCAUAAUCACAUAAGAUACCUCCGACCCUUAGGUGACCUGAAGCUGCUUGAGAACCUUGACCUUUCUUGUAAUAAUAUCUCAUCAUUAGAUGGUCUUGAGGGGUUGGAUARCCUUGUGCAUUUGAAUGUUGCUGGUAACAUGAUGAGAAGUACAGAUGAUUUAAAGUGUUUAUCAAAGCUUGAAAAACUCAGAAAACUGAGGUUAAAAGACAGCAUUCACAACUACUCAAACCCAGUCUGUCAAACCACGAGUCAGUACAAGAAAGUGAUCUCCAAUGUCCUACCUCAGCUCACGUCACUAGAUGGAGAACGAAUAAAAGGCAAAGGGAGUGAUUUCUAUGACACUUGUGAUGAACUGGAUGCUGAACUAAAAAAUUACACUGAAAGUUGUGGUGAUCCACCAGCAUACAAGUCAGCACCCUGGCCAUCAGGAGCAUUCAUAGAGGGAGACAAACCACUAAAUAGAUGUGUUGAAGAAGCAGAAUUAGGAUUUAAUGACGUGUUGUCACUUUGUAGAAGAGCGAACACUGAAGCCUUGCAGAGUGUAAUUGAUGCAGACAGUGCAAGAUGGAGUAAAUGAAACAAUACUAUCAAUUUAAAGCGCAACGCGCAAAUGUAUGACCACAUAUGCUCGGGUUCUGUACAUUAAACCGACACACUUUGAUGCGAA